CAAGCGCCGCGACCUGGUCAUUUGAUUGGAGUUUUGAAGCAGGAAGGAACUUCACCCCUUACGUAUCGGUUGUCCCCCAGCUAGCCUUGGCUGGAUUACUUAUCCUUUUAAUGGGAAUCCGGAUUCUAGGGUUGAUUUUGCUGCUUCCGUUUGUACUGGGGUUGCCGAACGCAACGGCUGAUGGCGCAGAUGGUAAUCUUUCUUCUGGAGGGCCACUUUGCUCUACUGUAAAGGAGGAAGAGAAUCUGCUGCGUAACGAUGAGCAAUACAACGGUGACCUUGACGGCGGGUUUUCUUCACUGGACGGGAUGUUACAGUGGGCUAUAAGUCAUUCUGAUCCUGCAAAAUUAAAAGAAACAGCUGAUGUACGGCAGCAAUUAUCAGAAAGUGAGCUCAAGAAGCGUCAGAUGGAACUAGAGGAAUUGAUGGAGGAAAUAAAAGUUCCAUCAGAUGCUGAAUUGAUGAAAAUUGCAAUAGGUGAUUUGAAUAAUUCAUCUCUAACUUCGGAAGAGCGGCUCCGGGCUCUACAGGAACUUAAUGUACUUGUUGAGCCAAUAGAUAAUGCAAAUGAUUUUGGCAAACUAGGGGGACUUGUUUGUGUGACACAAGAGCUUUAUCACCCUGAUCCAAAUAUUAGGACUAUUGCUGCAUGGAUCCUUGGGAAAGUUAGUCAAAACAAUCUUGUCGUUCAGCAGCAGGUUUUGGAACUUGGGGUGCUUUCAAUGCUGAUGAAGAUGGUAAAAUCUAAUUUUAUAGAGGAAGCUAAUAAAGCAUUAUAUGCUGUUUCAGCUUUGAUCCGAAAUAAUUUAGCGGGUCAGGAAUUGUUCUCUGCUGAAAAUGGAGAUUUGAUGCUUCAGAAUAUUUUGAGGAAUUCAAGUAUUGAUAUCAGACUACAGGAGAAGGCUUUGAUUCUCUUGGCUGAUCUAGCGCAGCGUCAGAUAGAAAAUGCGCAUAAAACUGAACUACCUUUCUUAAGUGAUCGAGAUCUUCUGAAAUCUGUGGUUGAUCUCAUUGCUGCAUCAACCGAUUUGGAUCUCCAGGACAAGGCCCUUGUUGCAAUUAAGAGUCUCCUGCAACUCAGGACCACUGAAGCUCUGGUUUUGAAAGACUUCUGUGCUUUAGGUGAUGCAUUAAAUAAAAUGAGGCAGUUGCUGCUUAAUGUGAUGGCGGAUGAAUUCCAGAGAGAUUAUGCGAUAGAUGUGGAAAGCCUUCGCAGUGAAGUAGAAUACAUUUUCCAGAGAAAGCUGUCGAAGUAGCGACGUCAGUUGAACUUUUUUCCUGGAGCUGGUUCUUUCAGAUUAAAAUGAGGCAGUAUUUGGUGAUGGAUGUAUAUGUCAGAUUCUGUCAUGGAUUUGAAAAGCUUUAAAAUGCAUAUUGCACAUAAAAGAUGUUACGGUGAUAACGUAUUGAUUUCACUAUGUAUUAUCCCAUAGAUUUUUUCCCUGGGUAAAAUUUUGGCCUGCUGUGAUGAAUUUAUGAGGGUGAUUAUUCAUUUUAGUCCAUUGAAAUAUCUAGACUUAGGACCGUAUUUACUCAUGCUCA